CUCUCCACAUCAAAACACCUCAAGAAACACCAGCAGAGACCCACAGGGAAGAAAUCUCACUUCUGCUCUGACUGUGGGAAAGGUUGCACAUCUUCAUCAGAACUUAAAAUACACCAGAGAACACACACAGGAGAGAAACCUUAUAGCUGUGAUCAAUGUGGGAGGAGUUUUACUACAUCAAGCCAUCUGACUAUACACCAGAGAACACACACAGGAGAGAAAUCUUAUAGCUGUGAUCAAUGUGGGAUGAGUUUUACUACAUCUGGCUCUCUGACUAUACACCAGAGAACACACACAGGAGAGAAACCUUAUAGCUGUGAUCAAUGUGGGAUGAGUUUUACUACAUCUGGCUCUCUGACUAUACACCAGAGAACACACACAGGAGAGAAACCUUAUAGCUGUAAUCAAUGUGACAAGAGAUACUCUGAUAAAAGAUCUCUGAUCAAACAUCAGAAA